AUGCUGACGAAUCUAUCACCUGGUUGGAGCAAGGGCAAUAAGAACUGGAUUGUGAUGAUAGCAGCGAAACAGAAACACGUAUAUACCCCACCAGUUUUGACUCUUCCAGUUCUGACUCUUCCAGUUCUCACUCCACCAGUUCUGUCUCCACCAGUUCUGACUCCACCAGUUUUGACUCUUCCAGUUCUGACUCUUCCAGUUCUCACUCCACCAGUUCUGUCUCCACCAGUUCUGACUCCACCAGUUUUGAUUCUUCCAGUUCUGUCUCCACCAGUUAUGACUCCACCAGUUCUGACUCAUACAGUUCUCACUCCACCAUCCACCAGUUAUGACUCCACCAGUUCUGACUCCACCAGUUCUGUCUCCACUAAUUCUGUCUCCACCAGUUCUGACUCCACCAGUUCUGACUCCACCAGUUCUGACUCCACCAGUUCUGUCUCCACCAGUUCUGACUUAACUUCUCUAGACCUUCUUUCAGGUCGGAACUUUAUUUUACCUUCUGCUGAAUGA